GAAACUGGGCCUCGUCUCAGUGAUUAGGGAGUGAGUCAAAAGGAUAAUGUUUGUAAAUCUACAUUUAUAUUUUAAGGGUGUAACACAUCCACAUGUUUAAAGCGAUGGAUAACACCAGUUAGGUGUUAAAGCACAACAUCUACGGUCGGAUUAGCACACUUGGGACAAAAAUGAGCAUUGAGCACGGGUCCCUGUGGGAACGUCAAACUUCCAGGACAGAUGUUAUGAAGAUGGACUUAACCAGCAGUUAAAGUACCACUGUGUAGCUUUUAAAAGAAGAAGAAAUAAGACCAUAUGUAUUCCAAUCAAAACUGAAAAGUCUUUCUUACGCACAAGAAGAAAACACACCCUUGUUUAAAUGUAUAUUCAUUAAAUAUUUGUUGUAUUGUGAUUGAUUUCAGCUCCACUGUUGUCACAUUAGCCAACAAGCUUUAUUCAGGAAAUCGGGGGUUUAUUUUAAUAAACAAGAGAUUUGUCUGAACAGUGUUACAGUUUAAUUAAACGCAACAUUGAUUCCUCCUUGAUGUUUUCUCCAAGCUCUCUCAGGGUUCUUGUCUGCAUGUUGGCUUGAAAGUUAUCCGUGGAGCUUGUUAGAGCUGAGAGGGAAAACCUGAAGACACUAAUCUGGGCUGAAAAAAAGUGUCAACAUGUUUUACAGAUAAAAACUAAAAUGUAUUUAAUCUGUUUGUUUUUACUUUGAUAGAUAUCCAAAAGUUAAAGACGCAACAUUAUCUAACAUGAAGUAUUAGUGUUAGUUUAAUUUGGGUCAUCUGGAAUAUAUAGCGUUUAUUUAAGUAUCGGGUUUAAGGAAAGAGCUGUAAGGUAGGCUAUUUGAAACUAAUAGGAUAGAGUGUGCAAAACAUUGACCAAGGAAUGACAUGUCACUGUAGACUCAGUGGGACUUUAAAUCUCAGGUGAGAGGAAAACACCUUUCACUCCCUCACCGACCGUAAACCCGGCUUGACUCCCCGCAGACCUGGUCGACGGGUCCUGUCACGAACCAUUUCGAUCUCCCGGUCUGUGCAGUAAAAUCGGAUUACCGGCACAUACAAAGUACAGUAGAGCCGAGCACGUUGCAACGCGCCGUGCCAGCUCCAACCUGAUCCUUGAACCGGAGGAUGUGACGUCACGCUCGGAGAGGAGAUUGUCGGUAACGCUGCUCGUUAACGGUGAUGUUUGCCGAGGAUUAUCACGGGGGUGGGGUGGACCAACUGUGAGUGAAUGCAGCCGGCUCAGGUGAACCGUAAAGCGGGAUAGAAGUCACAACACGGGGCCUGAACAACACCACCGCGCACCGAGCUCCGCGGUCAUGGAUCUAACUUUUGUGCUGUCCGUCGCUAUCUUCACGCUGCUCGCGCUCGUGGUCGCGACGUCGCUGCUUAACGGUUCUUCGUCCGCGGGCGAGUUAUUUGCAAGUUAUUUCGGACGCGCAGGAGACGAUGGUGCAGCCGGAGGAUUAGAUCAACCACCGGGGCCGACGCAGAACGGACAUUUGCCGGACAAUAAGAAGAAGACGACGCAGCAGCAGAAGAAGAAGAAGAAGGCGGAGGACGACUGGUGUGAGAUCAGCGGGAGCGCCCACGAUCACUGGGAUGUGGUGAAAUCUGUGCUUUCAGAGGAGGCACAUCUCCACCCUCACACUGAAGGACUGGCAGCACCAGUUGAGCAAUCCUCCUCCACAUCCAGCCUGUCCGUCACCAGGCCUGGAUCUAGGCACAGGAGCUUAGAGGCAGACUCGUGGUCCGAGGCCUCGUCGCGGAUGAGCCGUAGGCCGUUCAUUGGGCUCUCUGAUAAGGAGCUCCUAAAGUUUGCUUUCUCAUACCCCCAGACUGAAGGAGCCGCAGAGAGCCCGGAGAUCAACGAUGAAGGGGAACCGAAUGCAAACGAGUCCUUGAAGUACGUCCCUGGAAAGGCGAGAUCCCACCACCUGCAAAUGAUGAUGUCCUCGGACGAGCUGGAGGAGGAGCGAAGGUCAGUGGAAACUACAAAUAUGGGCGCCACUUUCUGAUUAAUGCCCCCUUCGUAAAGAGUUCAUAAGACAUUAAUAAGAACAUUGAAAUGGGGAGACCCCUCAUAUAGCGGCACACCGGACGGUCCAUGAUUAAUUAAAGCGCUGUGGACGAGUGUCAUGUUUGAGGAGGGUUUUCUACAACCUGGCAACCCAAAAGUUGUUCUUAUUAAUGAAUUAUGACCGAUCAUAAGUAAAGCAUUAAUCAACAAUGUAUUAACCGUUAAUAAAGCCAUUGAAAGGGUGCCUUGUGAAAAUGUGCCCAAAUAUGUCACAGAGUAAAUUCACCUUUACCUAUCUGCUUGAUAUCCCCCACUGUCCUCCUAAAAUACUCAAACUGAACAAAAAUACCUUGAACAUUCUUUGCCAAAGUUUUUACUAAAAAUCAAAUGUCAAAUGAAGUUCCCUUGUUUCCUCGUUGCUGCUCUCUCUCUGUCCAGAGUCCUGUCCUCUUCCUCCUCCUCCCUCUAAUCUCCCCAACGCUGUCUUCACGUGUGUUUUUGUGUUGUUGCCGUUUCCCUCCACGUCCUCUUCAGGCUAGACUGAGUAAGGCCAGAUUGAGUCUCUGCCAGGCAUUAGCUGAGGGAUGAAUGACACGAGACUCACAGAAACCACUCGAAGCGUUCGCUGGCUGCUGGGGAGGGGAAAAAAAUAGAAAACAGAGGAGCACCAAGUUUUAUUUUCUAUAAUGUAUCUGCAUGCCCUGCUCUUAUCAUUGCAGGAUACACUCCAGCACAGACUUUAACUGUCUGUGAGCCUGAAAAAGGAGCAAUUAUUGUGGUAAAGUAUGAGUUAUUCUCACCCGUUUAUCGCAGGGGAGUCACUUUCUGGCCAUUGUAUGAAAACUACUCUAAAGCCAUUUUGCAUUCUCAGUUUUGAACUCGGCAGUGAUUUUCUUUUUUUUGGGCCUCAUCAGCUCUUUUUUCUUUAAGUGGCCAUGAAGCGACUGAUACACAUCCCACACACCCGCCUCCCCGCUGCCCCAUUAGACGUGUGAUUCUCAGGUGUCACAGCAGGUGUUGAUUGUGUCUCCAGUCGUCACCUCUGACAGAAGAGUGUUAGUUAAUCCUCUCAGGACUCUCCUCUGUUCUGCCACUAGGAGGACUCAGUGUAACGCAACACUGGGACACUUGGGCUGACCAGGGCUGGUUUUUGUGAGCCAGUUGCUUACAAAAACUCUUCAGGCACUAUGGAAUGGAGAGAGUUGACGACCGUUUAUGCUUUGACAAUAAAUCUUAUCGUAAUAUGUGAUGUCAGGAUCAAACUUUUAAAGACAAAUAUGAAACACAAGCUAUUACAAUAACUUUGUUCAAUGCUUAAAA